GCUUCUGUCCUUCCUAAGCCCUGAAGCCAGAGGAGCGGCAGGAUGUCUCAGCCACUGGUCUCCCUGCUGCUGCUCCUGCUGUGUGUCAGCGGCUCCUUGGCCCUAAAGAUCUGCUCCUUCAACGUGAGGUCCUUCGGGGAAGCCAAGAAGGAUAAUGGGAAAGUCAUGGAUGUCAUCGUGAAGGUCAUCAAGCGCUGUGACAUCAUGCUCCUGAUGGAAAUCAAGGACAGUAACAAUAUAAUUGGACCCAUGCUGAUGGAGAAGCUGAAUGGAUAUGCACGAAGAACAACAUACAACUAUGUGAUUAGCGAUCGGCUUGGGAGAAACAAAUAUAAAGAACAGUAUGCCUUCCUCUACAAGGAAAAACUAGUGUCUGUGAAGAAACACUACCUCUAUCAUGACUAUCAGGCUGGAGAUGUGGACGUAUUUUCCAGAGAACCCUUUGUGGUCUGGUUCCAGUCACCCCACACUGCUGUCAAGGAUUUUGUGAUUAUCCCCCUCCACUCCACCCCUGAGACGUCCAUUAAAGAGAUUGAUGAGCUGGUUGAUGUCUACAUGGACGUGAAACGCCGCUGGAAAGCAGAGAAUUUCAUUUUCAUGGGCGACUUCAAUGCUGGCUGCAGCUAUGUCCCCCAAAAGGCCUGGAAGAGCAUCCGCCUGAGGACCGACCCCAAGUUUGUUUGGCUGAUCAGGGACCAUGAGGACACCACGGUGAAGAAGAGCACCAACUGUGCCUAUGACAGGAUCGUGCUUAGAGGACAAGAGAUCGUCAACUCUGUGAUUCCCAAAUCAAACAGUGUCUUUGACUUCCAGAAAGCUUUCGGGUUGACGGAAGAGGAGGCCCUUGAUGUCAGUGAUCACUUUCCAGUUGAAUUUAAACUGGGGUCUUCAAAGACCUUCACCAACAACAAAAGAUCUAUCUCUCCAAGGAAGGGAAGAAAGGUCAGCCGCUCCUAGAUAUAAGGGUCUCAUUUUGUUGAGCAUUUCUUGCCUUGAAAUAAAACUGCUCUGCCAAUGUGAACUGCUCCCUAUACCCACAGUGUGAAAUGUUUCCUGCACCCAGAAAAUAAGACUGGCCCAACUGCUUUCAGCUUUCAGCUUGAAUCUG